AUGUCACCACCCCCAGAAGGAGAGAAUUUUGAUCAUCUCAUCACCGGGAAUGAAGUCAGCUACAUAUCAACCCAGAAAAAGCGCUCUAAUUCAGAUGCGACGGAAUACCCUAGAAGAAGGGCAACAAUUGCUUGCCAGAUAUGCCGACUACGCAAGACAAGAUGCAACGGAGCUCGGCCAAAAUGCCAGCUCUGCUCAGAUCUUGACGCCGAAUGCGUAUAUCGCGAACCAGGAAUCAAACUCGACGCAGGAGACAAAUUGAUCCUCGACCACCUAGCCAGAAUCGAAGGCCUCCUUCAUUCUAGCUUAAUGGGCCCAGGCCAAAGAUCACAUCGAUUAGCCUUAUCCUCAACAUCCCCAGCAACAAGCAACGACACCAAUCUCGCCAACGAAGACCUGCUGAUACCCAAAAUCCCUAAUAACAAGCUCUCAGCAGCAGGACUCGGCUCGUGGGUCAAUCCGCCCCAAAACAUCAGUAUUUCCACAAUGCCAAAGGUCCACACCACACCGGCAUUGCAUCUUCUCCAAUGGCCACUUAUCCGAGACUUAGUCUCGCGACCCUACGAUCCGCAGAACUUGCUCCAACUCGAAAUGGCCCGGGAACCGCUCCGCAUGACGCCAAGCCCUACUGGCGUCGGAGUCCUCGAUUUAGCAAAUGCGCCAGCCUACGUACGAGCCUUCUUCAGCCACGCAAAUAUCUGGUACGCGUGCGUCAAUCCAUACACCUGGCCGCGAUACUACCGGACCGCGCUCGGCAAAGGAUUUCAAGACGGCCCUGUCAGUUGUCUGGUACUGCUGGUGUUGGCACUGGGGGCAGCGAGUCGGAAUGGCAGUAUUGCUUUUAUUCCGAAAGAUACGCAGGCGCCUGGCCUUGCGUAUUUUGCGGCGGCGUGGAAUCUCUUGCCGUCGGUCAUGAUGCGGAAUUCGGCCAUUGCGACACAGUGCAUGGUUCUUGCUUCGGCGUACUUGUUUUAUCUGGUGCGUCCUUUGGAGGCGUGGACUUUGUUGUCGAAUGUGAGUAUGAAGUUGCAGUUGCUUUUUGGAAAUCCGAGUCGUGUUCCUGCGCAGUGGAAGGAGCUCAGUGUGAGGGUUUAUUGGAAUGCUUUGCUUUAUGAAAGUGAUCUCCUGGCGGAGCUGGAUCUUCCACAUUCUGGAAUUGUGCAUUUCGAGGAAAUUGUCGAUCUACCUGGAGGGUUUGAGGAGGAAGAAGAUGACGAUGACGACGAAGAUUAUGAUGAUAACGGGGAAUUAAUUCAUGACGACAAUGCCAACGAGGAUCGGGAUCAUCACCACAUGACUGAAAUGCUAUCGAAUGGACAAGGACAACAAGCAGGCCGAGACGAGCUCUGGUACUUCCUAUCAGAGAUCGCCCUGCGAAGACUCCUUAACCGAGUCAGUCAUCUCAUCUACCAAAAAGACAGCUCCCACACCCUCUCGUCACUCGGACCGAUAGUUUCAGAACUGGACUUCCAACUAUCACAAUGGUACGAGAGUUUACCCCAACCAGUGCAAUUCCCCCUCACACAAUUACCAUCCAACAACCCAGUUCAAACGGUCCUUAGACAUCGCUACAACGCCUGCCGCACAAUCAUAUACCGCCCAUACAUCCUCGCCGUAUUCGAAAACGAAUCCGUCGGCGCAGACAACGAGGUCCUAGAAUGCUGUCGAAGAUGUCUUGAUUCAACGCUGCGCCAACUAGAACAUAUUACCAGUCACCGCGAAGGACAUCUUCCGUAUCUAUGGCAAGGUGCGCUCUCGAUGGUAUCACAAGCCCUGCUUAUCAUGGGCGCUACGAUGUCGCCGACUCUUUCGACUUUGCUUCCGCCUCCGUUGAGAGUUGAUGCGAUUAUCUCGGGGGUUGUGGUUGAGGUCGAGAGAUACUCGCACUUAGCGCCGAGCUUGAAAUUGUCGGCGGAUAUUAUUCGUGAUGCGGAGCGAAGACGUCAGAUUUGGUUGAGGUCUGCAGGGCAGAGAUUAUUUGAAAGCUGA